AUGUCAUCAGGAGAAGAGUUUAUAGAUUGGUAUGCAGUAUUGAAUAUAGGACAAGAUGCAACAGAUAAACAAAUACAAAAGGCAUAUAGAAUGCUUGCAUUGGUGUAUCAUCCUGAUAAGAAUAAAUCAAAAGAAGCUGUAAUCAUGUUUGAAAAGAUAUCAAAAGCAAAUAAAACAUUGACAGAAAAGAGUACAAGAGAUGCAUUUGAUUUACAGUUAAAGGGUAAAUUGGAAAAGAAGAAAAGAGAUGAUGAUAUGGAUAAAAAGAGAAAAAAGAUGAAGGAUGAUCUAACAACAAGAGAAGAGGAACAUAGAAAAAAGAAACAAAAAGAGGCAGAGGAUAAAAGAAAGGAAAAUGCUAAAUAUAGAGAAGACGUUCUCAGAGAGGUUCAACAACAAAGUAAUAUUACAAGUAAUAAUAAUAAUAAUAAUUCUCCAAAAAAAGGAAAUAAUAAUAUUGGAAGUAGUAGUAGAGGAGGAUAUGAUCCAACAACUUCAAGUAUAGAUAGAAAUAAUAUUCUAAUUUUAAAAUGGAAAUAUAAAUUAAAAUUUAGAGAAGAGACAUUGGUAGAUAUCUUUUCAUCGUAUGGUAUGGUAGAUUCAGUUGUCAUCUUGGAAAGAAAUAUUCAAAAUGAUCCAACUGAAUUAAAUCGUGCUAUUAUUUAUUUUAAAUCUUCAUCAACUAUUAAUAAUAUAAUACAAAAUCAUGAAGAUGAUAUAAGAAAGAAAUUUAGAAUAACCAUUGACAAACCAAAUAUUAACAAACUUGCCGAUUUAUCAAAACAAAAUAAUAAUACUACUUCAACCAGGGAUCACUCCUCUUCGUCAUCCUCCUCUCAACCCAUUAUAUAUUUUGACCCAUUGAAUGUUAACAAUAGUGUUGAUGAUGUACAUAAAAUAACAUUUGAAGAGAAAGAAACGCGACUCUUGGCAAAGCUAUCAUCGAUGAUACCGUCAUGA